GUGAUCGUCGAGAAAGUGAAGGGCUUCACGACGAAUCGUUCCUCCCUCGAUCGGGGGGUAUUUGCCCAUGCCUUACCAGAUACAUGGACGUGAACAUACAGGAUACAUUCUCACACGAUAGAUUGCAGGUUGUUGUCAAGAUGACUCACAUUGAGUUGACUCCUGAGAGGCCAUCAUAUGCGGGUGAAUCUUGGCAUAUUGAUGGACAGUUGGAAUGCAAGAAUUUUCUUUCUCAACCUUGUAUCUCUCAUCGCCCACAUGUGCCAGCAGGAGCCAAGGUGGUACCUCAUUAACAUUCGCUUUGAUAGAACGAACAAACCUGCGCAGCUGCCGUUUAUUACCACUCCAACCACAACAUCACCCCCGGCAGGAUUUGUUUUCCCCAACGCCUCAACCUCGAACAUGCCGUGACCGAUCGGUUCAGUAAGUGUUACCCUUGUGAAUGGAUCCAAUGGUCUUCGGGGACGGAGAAUCGAGCCCUGUCACUCAAGCCGGCGGCAGCGUGCAGUGCUGCCAGGGCCGUGUCCUCACAUUUCCCAAUAUUCUCCAGCAUUGAAUGCUCCCGUUUGGACUAGCGAAUUCGACAGAAUCGGGCCAUCAGA